AUGCUCAACAAUAACCCCUUCAAACUAGACGGGUUCCUGACCUACCCUGUCCGGCUAACAAUUGCGCCUGCGCCUUUUGCGGCCGCUAUAUACCUUACCCUCAGCCGAAUCGUCGUUGUGUACGAUGAAAACAUCUCGGAUUUCAAGCCGCGCACGUACAUAAUCACUUUCAUCCCCUUCAAUGUCAUCGCCCUUAUCCUGCAAGCCGCCGGCGGUCCAAUGGCCUCGACCGCCGAGCCAGGCGAUCAGGAAGCGACAGACCUCGGCGUCAACGUGAUCAUUGCCGGACUCGCAUGGCAGGUCGUAUCACUGUGCAUCUUUCAGCAAUGGCAACGUACCUCUACAUCCGGCGCCCUCCGCUCAGCGCGCUACUUCCGGGCCUCGCUGUGGGUGUUUGGCAUUGCGACGCUGCUGAUCGUCGUGCGCUCGGUGUAUCGCUGCGCCGAGCUGCGCGAGGGGUUCCAGGGGCAUCUUGCGGAUGACGAGGCUAGUUUCAUGGUUCUUGAGGCGACGAUGAUUGCGCUUGCGGUUUUCGCGCUUACGGGGUUCAUUAUGGUGUUGCGUGGAUGGGGAGUGGAAUAG